CUAGCGGCAGCCAUCUUGGUGGCUGUAGGUUUCUUCUUGCUGCGGAGUGCUGGGUCAGAGAUCCUUCACCUGAACAGAAGCUCAGGAGCGCCUGGUGGGAGCUGAGGGGACGGACGGGGAGGCGCGAGAGGAGGCGCCCUGAGGCUCGGCGACGCCGCCCGGGGCCCCGCGCCAGGCCCGGGCCAGGGAGCGCCGCGCCCGGCGCCUCGUCUCCCGCCGCUCCCGGCUCCGCUCCGCCCCUGAGGCCGAUGGCGGCGGCCGCGCGGAGGGAGCCGGCUCAGGAGAGUUUGACCUUUGGAGACGUUGCCGUGUACUUCUCUUGGGAGGAGUGGAGGCUCCUUGAUGAAGCUCAGAGGGACUUGUACCACGAUGUGAUGCUGGAGAACUUUACACUCAUAUCCUCACUGGGUUGCUGGAGGGCAGCAGAGGAUGCGGAGGCUCCCUUUGAACACUGUGUUUCUGUAGAUGUGUCACAGGCCACGACUCCCAAGGCAGGUCUGAGAAAAAGUCAUUACACCUGGGGAGAAUGCAAGAAAGCCUCCAGCCCAAAGCACACACUUGUUCAGUACCAGGGAUUCCACGUUGGGAGACAGUGUUUUGUGUGCCAUGAAUGUGGGAAAGCAUUCAGGUACAAAUCCUCAUUUAUUGUUCACCAGAGAGUCCACACUGGAAGAAAGCUUCAUGUGUGUGGAGAAUGUGGCAAAUCUUUUAGGAGAAGCUCAAUGCUCAAGCAGCAUCAAAGAAUUCAUUCUGGAGCAAGGCAGUGCAAGUGCAGCAAAUGUGGACACUCCUUUCACCAAAAAUCUGUCCUCAUUUAUCCUUGGAGAAGUCACCCUGGGGAAAAUUAUUUGUGCAGUGAAUGUGCACACUCUUAUCACUGUAGAUCCAUCCUUAUUCAGCAACGAACAGUUCACACUGGAGAAAGGCAUUAUGAGUGUACUCAGUGUGGAAAAUCUUUUAGAAGAAUAUUUUACCUCAUUGUACACUGGAGAGUUCACACUGGAGAAAGGCCUUAUGAAUGCCGUGAUUGUGGGAAGUCUUUUACCAACAGAUUGGUACUCUUUCUCCACCAGAGAAUGCAUACAAGAGAAAGGCCUUUUCAGUGCAUUAAAUGUGGGAAAUCUUUUACCAACAGCUCAAGACUCAUUCUACACCAGAGAGUUCACACAGGGAAAAGGCCUUAUGAGUGCAGUGAAUGUUGGAAAUCUUUUAGCCAUCCAUCUUACCUCACUCAACACCAGAGUGUUCAUAGUAAAAAAAGGUCUUAUGAGUGUUGUGAAUGUGGGAAAUCUUUUAUCUCUUGUCCCGGACUUCAUUAUCAUCAGAGAGUUCACGCUGGAAAAAGGCCUUACAAGUGCAGUGAAUGUGGUAAGUGUUUUACCUCUAGCUCCCAACUCCAUUCUCAUCAGAGAGUUCACACUGGAGAAAGGCUUCAUCGCUGCAGUGAAUGUGGAAAAUCUUUUUCAUCUGGUUCCAACCUCAGUAAUCAUCAAAGAGUGCACACAGGAGAACGGCCUUAUGAGUGCAGUGAAUGUAGGAAAUCCUUUAUCCGAAGAUGUCACCUUGUUAGACACCAGCAAGUUCACACAGGAGAAAGGCCUUAUGAGUGCAGUGAGUGUGGGAAAUCCUUUAUCCGACGAUGCCACCUUGUUAGUCACCAGCGAAUUCACACAGGAGAGAGGCCUUAUGAGUGCCAUGAAUGUGGGAAAUCUUUCACCCUUAGGAGCACCCUUUGUGAUCAUCAGAGAGUUCACAGUGGAGAAAGGCCUUAUGAGUGCAGUGAAUGUGGGAAAUCCUUCAUCAUAAGAUUCAAUCUUCUUGUACACCAGAGAAUUCACACGGGAGAGAGGCCAUAUGAAUGCAAUGAAUGUGGGAAAUCUUUUAGCAUUAGGAGCACCCUUCGUGAUCAUCAGAGAGUUCACACUGGAGAAAGGCCUUAUGAGUGCAGCAAAUGUGGGAAAUCAUUUAGAGUAAAUUCUCAUCUCAUUCAACACUGGAGAUUUCACACUGGAGAAAAGCCUUAUAGGUGUAAUGAAUGUGGGAAAUCUUUCUCGUCUUCUUCAAGUCUUCGUUUUCAUCAGAGUAUUCACACUGGGUCAAGGCCUUAUGGGUGUAUCGACUGUGGGAAAUCGUAUGCCAAUAGCUCAACGCUUGUCCGACACUGGACAAUUCACACAGGAGAAAGGCCUUAUAAGUGCAGUGAGUGUGGGAAAUCUUUCAGGCGCAGUUCACAUUUCAAUGAACACCAGAGAGUUCACACUGGAGAAAGGGAUUAUGAGUGCACUGAAUGUGGGAAAUCUUUUAGGGAUGUUUCCCAACUCAAAAAACACCAAAGAAUUCACACUGGGGAAAGGCCUUUUGAGUGUAGUGAAUGUGGGAAAUCUUAUACUAAUAGCUCAACACUUACUCAACACCGGAGAAUCCACACAGGAGAAAGGCCAUAUAAGUGCAGUGAAUGUGGGAAAUCCUUCAUGAGUAGUUCACAUUAUAAUCGACACCAGAGAGUUCACACGGGAGAAGGGCCUUUUGAGUGCAGUGAAUGUGGGAAAUCAUUUAGGUAUAGUUCCCAAUUCAGUAAACACCAGAGAGCCCACACCGGGUAAAGGCCUUAUGAGUGUAGUGAAUGUGGGAAGUCUUUUACCCAACUCUCUUCUCUCUCACAACAUGAGAGGCUGCACACUGGAUCAUGGCCUUAUGAGUGAAGUAAAUCUGGGAAAUUCUUUAGCUGAUGUACUCUGUACCU